AUCCAAUCAUGCACACACUCCAAUGGGUCCUGGUUAUGAGACAACGCAGUAAACGUUAAUUAAAUAUUGAAACUGGUCCUAAACGUUUUCCACAUCAGCCACACCAUGAACCAGCUUUAGGUAUUGCGUCCGGUGGCUUAAGUGGGAGUCAGUCCCAGGAUUUAAUUCCACUUAGGGCCCACGGUAGGGCUGAUCAUCUCUCUGCGCAGGAAAAUAAAAAUGAGCAAAACACAAGCCUGGAGUGAUCUUACUCUUCCAGACCACAACUGCUGCCUUCUGGGUCGUGUUGUUCGGUAUUUUCAUUCUCUCUGACAGGCCAAGUGAGCCCAGUGAGCCCAGUGAGCCCAUUUCACCUCGACAAACUUAUUUUAAACAACAAAAAGCAUCGAAUGGCAUCAGUCCCUUGAGCACGGAGAAACGUCACUGCGGAGGACGGUGUGGUGACGUCGACAGUGGGAGGGAAGCGGAUGCAUCACCGAAAUGUGGGGCUUUUUUGGGGGGGAGGAGGGCGCGGGGUGCAAUUAGGGCUCUGUGGAUUGUUGGGCUUGGAUCAAUAACACACUGCAGGAGAACUUAACACAGGCUCCUGUGGGACUUUUCACUCGCGUUCCAGUGGAAGGUGGGGAAAGCACGAACUGAUGUUGCAGAAACACAGGAGGCAACUUUAAAAGGAAACGCUAAUAUCGCGUGCGUGAGGUAGCUGCGGCGUGGACGCGCAGGAGUGGGGGUGUAGCCUGCGAGCCUGUGGUAAUAGGCUGCGAGGGAGUGAGAGGGAGUGGGAGUGGGGGCAGACGUGGACGGUGAUGCUGCGCGCUGUCUUCUUGCUAAAUGAGGAUUGUCUUUUCCCAGUUUGAGCAGCAGCGGCAGGGCUUCUCCACCUUUCCAGCGAGGAUCUAUAAUUUACACAGCGACAGCGGGGCGUCCGUGGGAUCUUCUCCAUCAUCAUCAGCAGCAGCAGCAGCAUCUGCGCUGGAUCCAGCCCCGCGCUGCCGCUUGUUCUGCUGCUGCUCCAUCGCCAGGCGACCAGAGGAGGAGAACAUCUGACCAGCGGGCCAUGUGCACCACGACAUGUAUGCGUGAAUUCAUGCGGUGACACAAGAAGGGAGGAAUGGAGCAGCUGUCAACGCAUUCCUGUAGACGCACCGACGGUGAUUCGUUGCAGACUGUCGUGUAGAGAGAGAGAGUGGAGGGGGAAAAAAAAAAACCUUCAUACGCAGCAGCCCAUCCAGCACAUUCGCUUUUUAUUCCAGCGAGAAGCGAUCAGUGGUCAGGUGUCGCCUUUCAUUUCAGCCACAACAAUGGGGGAGCAGCCCAUCUACAGCACGAGGGCCCACGUCUUCCAGAUUGACCCCAACACCAAGAAGAACUGGCUCCCCGCAAGCAAGCACGCCGUCACUGUGUCCUACUUCUACGACAGCACGCGCAAUGUCUACCGGAUCAUCAGCCUGGACGGAACCAAGGCAAUAAUCAACAGCACCAUCAGUCCGAACAUGACGUUCACAAAGACGUCACAGAAGUUUGGCCAGUGGGCGGACAGUCGAGCGAACACUGUCUACGGACUGGGUUUCUCCACCGAGCAUCAUCUGUCAAAGUUUGCAGAGAAGUUUGCAGAGUACAAAGAAGCAGCGCGGCUUGCUAAGGAGAAGAGCCAGGAGAAGAUGGAGAUGGCCACGUCUCCCUCUCAAGAGUCUCCGGCCGGUGAGCUCGCCUCCCCCCUCACCCCUUUGACUCCCCCCAUGGAAAACAUCAACGGCACGGAUGAGAUCUGCGACACGACUCCCAACUCGGACAGCCGUCCGGAGCCGGCACAGAACGCUCUGGCUUUCGCACACAGCCCGGCCAUGACAAAACACUGGGAGGCUGAGCUGGAGGCGCUAAAGGGGAACAACGCCAAGCUGACGGCGGCUCUGCUGGAAUCCACGGCCAACGUCAAACAGUGGAAACAGCAACUGGCUGCCUACCAAGAGGAGGCAGAGAGACUACACAAACGGGUGACAGAGCUUGAGUGCCAGAGUAACCAAACCCCGGUGAUCAAAUCCCAAAAGACAGAACUCAACCAAACCAUAGAGGAGCUGGAGAAUGUGCUGCGGGAUAAAGAAGAGGAAAUGGAGAAGUUAAAAGAAGAACUGGAAAACACGAAUGACCUCAUGGAGCAGAAAGACACUCUGACUCAGAAGCUUGAAGAGACGGAGCUGCGCAGUCGGGUGCUGGAGGAGCAGCUAGCAGGAGCUGAGCAACGACUGGAGGAGAACCAAGAAGAGCAGGAGAGUUUCAGGAAGAGCCUGCGGACGCUGCUGGAGCUGCUAGACGGCAAGAUCUUUGAGCUGACGGAGCUCAGAGACACCUUGGCUCGUCUCAUAGAGGAAGCCAGCUAGAGACAGAGGGUGUCGACCUUCACAGACAGAGCCAUAUGAUGAUUUAUUUACAGCCCAGCACACAGACCAAUCCCACCCUCCAUAACUCCUCGUGUACCCUCACCCACAGAAAUCUGAGACAAUGCACUGCCCACACUCACAGUUUAAACACAAGGGGCAGCUGAUCCCUGAUUUUUACCUUGAAGGCAUCAGGUUCCUACCUUCUGCAAGCACUCCUGUAGUUGAACACGAUGCAGGGACUACCUCAGCUUGCCUUCUGAUUGGCUGUCGUACACUCGGUCAAACCGGUCAAGCUCAGUUGUAGAGAUGCCACACACAUAAAAACAAACUGUGCCUCGGCGCCAUCUGCUGUCUGAAUGGGAGAGCUGCACCGUAGUGCGGAACAUUCACUCAAACACACACAUUGCACAUUACUCCUCUUUAAAGCGGCCCUCCAGGGGAAAAUGUUGAAAGUCAUGUGGAAAUAAUUGCUGUUAAGACUUAAAAGAACUGCGCCAAAGCUGCCAAACCCCCUCCACCCCCACCAAAAAAUGUUGUCCUCUAACUAGCAGAUGCUUUGAUCCAAAGUGACUCACUGUACAGGGAAGUUUUGAACAGAAGAACCCAUGUUUGAGCCCGGGCUGCCGAGGAACGCAACCGCAUCGCUGAACAUCCCCAGCCUGGAUUUACGAGGCUGCUGGGAAAUGGAGUCUGACAAAUAUACAUAUAUAGCUUUUUCUUUUAGCUUCUGUAUGCCCCCCCCCCCACCAUCUUCUUACAAAAACCUAUAUGAUAGAUAAGCAAUGAAUCUUCCAGAUGGCCUUUUUUCAUGCAACACAAAAAUUUGAGUGCUAUAGCUGAAAUGAGAAAUCUCGUAUCCAGACAGCUUCCGCCAUCACAGUAGACAUGACCUGUCUUCCUGCCAAACUCAGUGUGACGUGUGUGUCCUGAGGUUUGAUAUGAUCGUGUGCACUCGUAUAGAUGCAUCUAAAUAAACUGCAUCAACAAAAAGUUAUUUUAAACUAGUAAAAAAAAAAAUUUUAACUGGAAUUUAUUAUUAUUUAGCUUGGUUACACAGAGAAUUAUGUUUUUUAAGUGUUUAUUUAUUUUACUUUGAUUAUUAUGGCUUACAGCAAAUGGGACCCUUAAAAUUCAGUUAAAAUUAUAAUAUUACAUAAGACCAAUAAAAAAUAGUCUAAAUACAUAAAUAUUUUGUCCAUAUGCUGCGUCUAAUAUGCAUUCACUAACUGGUUGAGGGUUUCUUCUUUUCAUUUGCACAAAUUACUGCAUUAGAGCUGCGUGACAUGGAUGUAAUCAGCCUAUAGAUCUGCUGAGGUGUUAAGGAAGCCCAGGUUGCUUUAAUAAUGGCCUUCAUUUUGCCUCCUUUCUUGGGUCUGAGAUUGAUAGAUUCUUAGGAGGGUUUGCUGACCAAUUAAGUUCUCUGCAAAAGAUCUGCAAAACAUACUGAACCACAACUGAAAAUGCAAAGCCAGAGAGAGUUAUACUGCAACCUUAAAGCUUCACUCGGAAGAAAUAUUUUGUAGGUUACCAUAUUUCAAGUGUACUGCAUUCACUCCCCCAAACACUCAUACUGAUAAUGUAUUUAGACAGUUCGAUAAAUUCUUGAAUAGACUUUUCUGUGCAAUUCAGAGCUCAUUCCUGUUUAUCACGCUGCUUUAUCUUUGUACUCAAAAGUUUAACUUUCUGAGGUCCAUGUGUAAAAUGCAACCUCCCCUGAAGUUGGAUUUUUAACUAGUAAAUUUAGAAGUUGCUGAGUGCGACCGUGGGAUUGUUUCUCGAGUGGGAAAGCCUCAAGUUCCACGGCAACCUCAAGAUCAGAAACCAAUAUGGCUGCUGCUGCCCGUCAAAAACAGAGUAAACAGUUUUAAUUGUAAAGCAUUUACUUCCACUCCUGAUAGUUUGUAUCUCAUUAAACCAGAAUAAUGCUUAGUAAUGUAGAUGUUCAUUUAGUGCUUGAACAUAUUUAGCAACACAUUGUUGUCAUCGUGCUAACUGUAGUUAUCAACUAAUAGCAAACACAAACUUGUGGCACCGAGCUCCAGCUCAUGAGGCACAUUUACAAUGCAUUAUGCUUCUUUUUCUACCAAACAUUUUCCUUCCACUUAACUUUUCAUUAGAAUUCUUGGAUGCAGCGCUCUGAACAGCCAGCUUCUUCAGCAAACUGUCUUUCUCUCUUUGUGAAGGGUUCCCGAUAGUAUCUGCUGAGACUUUUACAUUAAAAAACUUUUUUCUUUUAUUGUCUUGUAUAACAAUCCAAAUUUCUCAAGAAUUUUGUGUUAUUACAAACUGUGAGCCAUAAUCAUCAAAAUUAGAAAUAAAAGCUUGAAAUAUAUCACCUUUUAAUGAAACAAAUGACUUUUUCAGUGGUAUGCUAAUUUGUUUAGAUGAAUCUGUACUUGGGCACAUUGUGCUGUUAGAGAGGCCUGCACACACCCUCACACCCACACAAACACACACACACACACACUGAGCAAUAUAAGACAGGCUCUAUACAACACCAACUCUAUCAGGUACUCUACUCAGUGGGCCCGUCCUGAAGGGUCAAACAUGAUUAAGCUGAUACGCCCCCUCUCCAACAGAAAGUGUACCACUGACCGCAUUACUGUGUGGCAGCCCUGCGUGGUCCGAGUAGUGCAAACCGAAGGGCUUACAGAGCGUCAUCCUCAUGUCUGUAAAUCUCCACCCUCAGUGAAACUGGCCACCGAUUGUCACGCCUCAGAGGUGACUAUUCAACCGUUCUCAGUUUAUAUUCUUUUUCUCUUUUUUUUCUUUUAAGUGAAGAUAUAACACUGGUGAUAUAAAUAUAAAACUGUACAACACAACUGUCUUACUCUUGCUGGCAUUGUAAAUGAAUGGAUGGACAAAUCAAAAAGCAGUAACACCCUGCGGUGACUUAUUGUUGUGUAUUAACCCACGGCUGAAAGCUUUUUCUCUGUAACACCAUGUAAUAACACCGUGUUACAAGUUUUAUACUCUUACUGUAUAAAAGCAGCUCUGAAGCCCUGUGAAAUCUUCAAUUCUCUCCCUCCAAAGUCAGCAAAAUUGUAUUUUUUUUUUUUUUUUUUUUUUACAGAGCUGUAUCUCGACAAGGUGCUGCUGGUCUUAUAUCUAUCUGAGCGCCCUGUUUGCACUGUUAUGACACCGUUGUAACUCCAUUAUAUGCCGACGGACUUGCAUUUAGCAUUAGCACAGUAUAAUUAUGUAGUUAAGAAACCUUCUGUAGUUAGUUACACAGGUUAAUACACUGGAAUAAGACUCAUGUAAAACGGGGAAUGUUACUUAUUUUCUGUCUGAUGUAUGUGUAGAGUGGAGUGACAGAGAUGAAAUACUUUAAUAUUAAUGCUAUUGUUAAUGAAUGCCUUUGUACAGUAGUGGAUAAAAUGCUUUUCAUUCUCCUGUUUUUGUAACUUAUGGUAUUUCAGUGUAGGUAUUAACAUUGUAUUUAGAGGUAUGAGAAGACUGGCAAUAUUUUUGACUAUUUAAAGUAAUUUUGAACUCAUGACAUUAAAGAGGUACCUCAGGCUUACGAGAUUUCUCAGAUUGGUGAUAUUUGGUCGUUUGCAGGUAAAGAGGUUUUGUUAAACGUUAUGGUUGAAAACAGGUCAAGAGGCCCACCUGGUUAAUUAAAGCUGUGAUAAUAUGGUAGAUGCAGUUCACUGCUCAGGGCAGCAUUUUGUCCAGGGGCAGCACGAGCCCAGGAUGAGGGGUUUGGGUAGCUAUCGCUCUGUCACACCCCAAGCUGAGGGUUUACAUUGAUGCCUGCCUGUCAUGUUGUAUUUAGCAUCUGAUUCAAGGAUUCCCAUUUGGAGCUAAAUUAAAGGACUUUCACAUUUAGAAUUACUUGAACUGAGCAAACCUGAACUGGUCAGAUAUCGAUUAAUAAAUAUAUUGAGAUUA